CGGGCUCGAGCUUCAUUCCGAGCCGAGCCCGGUCCUAUCGCUGCUCUCUGCAGGCGGCGGCCUGAGCUCCAGGGCAGCCCGGUUUCUCUUCCUCGCCCCGCGAUCAGCAUGAAAGCUUUCAGUCCGGUGAGGUCCGUUAGGAAAACCAGCCCGUCGGACCACAGCCUGGGCAUCUCCCGGAGCAAAGCCCCGGCGGACGACCCGAUGAACCUGCUGUACAACAUGAACGACUGCUACUCCAAGCUGAAGGAGCUGGUGCCCAGCAUCCCCCAGAACAAGAAGGUGAGCAGGAUGGAAAUACUGCAGCAUGUCAUCGACUACAUCCUGGACCUGCAGCUCGCCCUCGACUCGCACCCCGCCAUCGUCACCUUGCACCACCCGAGACCCGGGCAGAACCAGGCGUCCCGGACGCCGCUGACCACGCUCAACACGGACAUCAGCAUCCUGUCCCUGCAGGCGUCCGAAUUCCCUCCCGACUUCACCUCAGACGACAGCAAAGCCCUCUGUGGCUGAAGAAAGGGUGUUCAAGAGGGUUUUUUUCCUCUUUCUUCUUUUUCUUUCUUUUUCUUUUUUGCACAACAACAAAAACAACAAAUCCACAGGAUCUUUUAAGAUGCCGAACUUUUCAACCAUUGCAUCAGGACAACAAGUUUGAAUGGACCUUUCUCAAAA